AUGGGCCUUAUUGCAACUACAAAGGUGGUUACCAGAGCUAGUAUGCCUGGUAAACCUCAUCUUAUUCAACCAGGCAAUCGAGAAUGGGUUACGACAAUUGAGUGCAUGAAUUCAAGUGGUUGGAUAGUGCCUUCCUGCAUUAUCUUUAAAGGCAAGCGAUUCAUCAAGGCUACACGAAAGGUGGGGGGAUAUCAAUUACUUGUUCUAGAUGGCCAUGGUAGUCAUCUCACGCCUCAAUUCGAUAAGAUGUGCGUGGAUAAUAAUAUUAUUACCAUCUACAUGCCUCCACAUUCAUCUCAUCUUCUACAGCCUCUGGAUGUUGGUUGCUUUGGGCCAUUAAAGCGCGCAUACGGAGGUCUAGUCGAGGCAAAGAUGCGCUUGGGAUACAACCAUAUUAACAAGCUUGACUUCCUAAAUACAUAUCCUACAGCUCACCGGACAGUCUUCACGCCUCAGAACAUUCAAAGCGGCUUUACAGCAGCUGGUAUACUUCCAUUUGAACCUCAGCAGGUGCUUGACAAGCUGAAUAUAUUAAUGGGAACGCCUACCCCCCCUUCAAGCCGUGGAGGAGCAUUCAUGGCGAAGGAAUUACAUGAUCUCCGCGCGGAGAAUGAGAAAACAAAGCAGAAAAAGGGUCGAUCUAGGCGUUAA